AUGUCAAUAAGUAUAAAAGAUAAGAAAGAAGAAUUGCUCUGUAGAUUAACAGAUUUUACUAAAUUAAAAGGGUGAGGAUGUAAAGUACCACAAGCAGAGUUGCUCUCUCUACUUGAUGGUAUAGGUGAAGGUAUUGGUUAUGAUUGUAGUAUUUCACAAACAAAAUUCCCUGAUAUUGUUAUGAUUCAAACAACAGAUUUCUUUUUCCCGUUAGUUGAUGAUCCAUAUUUCCAAGGUAAAAUUGCAUGUGCCAAUGUUUUAUCAGAUCUUUAUUCAUUUGGUAUUGAAGAUUGUGAUAAUAUGUUAAUGUUAUUAGCAUGUUCAACUGAUAUGACAGCAGAACAAAGACAAUGGUCAUCGAAAUUGAUGAUACAAGGAUUCAAUGAUCAGGCAAUUUGCGCAGGUAGUAAAGUUAGUGGUGGUCAAACCGUAAAGAAUCCAUGGCCGAUAGUUGGUGGUGUUGCAACUUCCAUUUUAAAGACCAACGAAUUUAUAAAGCCAGUGAAUGCUGUCCCCGGUGACGUAUUAGUAUUAACCAAGCCUCUAGGCACACAAGUUUGUGUAAACUUUCAUCAAUGGUUAUCUAAACCAGAACGUUGGGAAAAGAUCAACACAAUUACAAAUGCAGAAGAAUGUGAACAAGUAUUCAACUAUGCAACACUGUCAAUGGCAAGAUUGAAUAGGGUAGGCGCAAGACUAAUGAAAAAGUAUAAUGCUCAUGCCGCCACCGAUGUCACUGGUUUCGGUAUAUUGGGUCAUUCAACUAAUUUGGCUCAAAAUCAACUCUUACCAAUUCGUUUUGAAAUUCAUACAUUACCAAUCAUUAAACAUAUGAAAAAGUUGGAAGAUCAUUUAAAUCAUCCAUUCAAAUUAUUAAAAGGUACUUCAGCUGAAACUUCUGGUGGUUUAUUAAUUUCAAUGUCUCGCGAAAAUGCUGAAGCUUUUUGUAAAGAAAUCUAUGAAAUUGAAAAACAACCAGCUUGGAUCAUUGGUGAUGUAAUCGAUCAAUCCUCAAAUUAUGAUAGAUCUAAAAAUACUUCAAUCAUUUUAGAAAAUCCAAAAAUUAUUGAAGUUGAACCAAAUACAAAUUUUUGA